CCCCGGCCCCGGCGGAGCCGCCGCCGUUUCCGGAGCGCUCGGCGCGGGGCCCGGGGCUGUCGCGGGCAGGAAAUGACCUAGAGGCCUUACAAAUACAUUUGUGCAUUUUUGUUCUGAGUCUGCAAUCGAGGGCAAACGCAGUCUGGAAGCACCACUUGUUAAAGUUACAACGGAAACAACUACCUCAACACACAGGGAAAGGGGAGGAAGGCUUGCAAUAACAAACACUCUAGUUUUUAAUAGCUUAUACUUGCAAAGUCUUCUGUAAACAGUCCAGAUUUUUUUUCCCCCCUCCAAUAUUAAGAAGAGACACUACAAGUAAACUGAGUUGGCAGACUGGAUCUGUCAAGACAUUUGAAGAUAUUUGAUCUGCUGACAUAAGGAUUUGCUUUUUCAAGGAAAGAGCCUCUGCACUGCUUUUAUAAUCGCUGUUGAUCGGUGGUUUGCUCCACUUUUCCUGAUGCUACUAAUGGGAGAAUUGUAUUAAGGUAUUGCUUCUAAAACUAUUACUUGCAUUGACAAAAUUAACUUUUGUAGAUGCAGCAGCAAGGGACAAUGUUGCUCUCCUGAAGAACUUGUAGGCGAUCACUUCUCUGCUCCAGUUGGCUUUUCUGCCUGCAGAGGGGAUACCACACAGGGGACAGAGCAGUACUGAGACACUUGGGCUUUGCUUUUUGAGUACAGUUUCUAACUGCAGCAGGGCUGCACCCAGCAUUGAAACCACGGAGUCAGCAGAUGUGCUGCCGUUCCCAGUGCUGAUACAGAUUAUACAGACGCUUGCCUUUCUGAAAUGCCUUUUGUGAAACCUAUGUACACAGUCCUGCGCCGUUACUGUACAUAGAUCCCGAGGAAGGAAUCUGACAAGUGAUUGUGAAUUGGAGAACUCUCUGGCCAAGCACUCACUUAUGUAUUGCUGCAGUGCACAAGAAAGCAAAAUGGACUACAAGCGGCGCUUCUUGCUUGGCGGGUCCAAGCAGAAGGUGCAGCAACACCAGCAGUACCAAAUGCCCGAGCUGGGCAGGACCCUGAGCGCCCCGCUGGCGUCCCCCAGCACCCCCCUGGUGUCCCCAGCUGCUGCUGGCGGCUGCUCCCACCCCGCCUCCCACACCACUCCCAUCGCUGACAUCCAGCAGGGAAUCUCCAAGUACCUGGAUGCGCUCAACGUCUUCUGCCGAACGAGCACUUUCCUCACGGACCUUUUCAGCGGCGUGUUCAGGAACUCGCACUACUCCAAGGCAGCUAUGCAACUGAAAGACGUGCAGGAACAUGUCAUGGAAGCGGCCAGUCGACUCACAGCAGCAAUAAAACCAGAAAUAGCAAAAAUGCUGAUGGAACUGAGUGCAGGAGCUGCGAACUUCAAAGAUCAAAAAGAGUUCAGCCUACAAGACAUUGAGGUUCUUGGGCGAUGUUUCUUGACGGUGAUGCAGGUCCACUUCCAGUUCCUGUCGCAGGCUCUGCAGAAGGUGCAGCCAGUGGCUCACUCCUGCUUUGCUGAGGCUGUGGCUCAGGAGAGGAAGAACAUCAGUGGGACUGGAGCCUCAAAUAUCAGCCCCACAAAUGAGCUGGAAGACGCAAUAAGAUCCUGGAGAGGAGCAGCAGAGGCCACAUCUCGACUGCGAGAAAGAGGCUGUGAUGGAUGCUUGGCAGGAAUUGAAGUUCAGCAGCUUUUCUGCUCACAGACUGUGGCCAUCCCUGAACAUCAGCUCAAAGAGCUAAACAUGAAAAUUGACAGUGCUUUGCAGGCCUACAAGGUGGCUCUGGAGAGCUUGGGUCACUGUGAAUAUGCAAUGAAGGCUGGCUUCCACUUGAACCCAAAAGCAAUUGAAGCAAGUCUGCAGGGCUGCUGCAGUGAGGCUGAAGCUCAGCAAACAGGAAGGAGACAAACUCCACCUCAGCCCAUCCAGUGUGAGCUGCCCACUGUCCCUGUGCAGAUUGGAUCCCAUUUUCUGAAAGGAAUCUCCUUCAAUGAGUCUGCAGCAGAAAACCUGAAGCUGAAAACGCACACAAUGCUGCAGCUGAUCAAGGAAGCUGGGUGCCACAAUGGACUCACGCCCCGCGACGACUCCCCUGUCACUGAGGUGCUCAACCAGGUCUGCCCUUCCACGUGGAGAGGAGCCUGCAAAACUGCUGUGCAGCUCUUGUUUGGCCAGGCUGGACUGGUGGUUGUGGACACGGCACAGAUUGAAAAUAAAGAAGCCUAUGCUCCUCAGAUAAGUUUAGAAGGAUCAAGAAUUGUGGUGCAAGUUCCAUCAACGUGGUGUCUGAAAGAAGAUCCAGCAACAAUGUCUUUGCUACAGAGGAGUCUGGAUCCGGAGAAGACUUUGGGACUGGUGGAUGUGCUCUACACUGCUGUGUUUGAUAUACACAGGUGGAAGGAAGGAAGGGAGCAAGCUUUGCCUUGUAUCCAGAUCCAGUUACAGCGUGAAAUCUCAGAGUUUGGGAGCCAGGUUGACAUGCCAGCGGGGAAUGGAAGCAAAUCUUCAGGGGGUCUGCAAAAGACAUUCUCCAAACUGACUUCACGGUUUACAAAAAAAACUUCCUGCACCAGUACAAGUAACACAGGGAGUUACUCAAUCCCCAAUACACCUUCCAAAAACGUCUUCAUAAGUUCCAGCUCAGAGGAGAAGGCUAAGAUGCCCUCGGCCAUGGACGCACGGCUGCAGAACAUCCUGAGCAUGGGGAGCUUCCCUCGGAGCGCCGACGCCCUGCAGGCAGCGCAGAGCUCAACCAGCCCGCUGGUCAACGGCUUCCUCGGGGAGAGGCGGGACAGCUUCUUCAAAGCAGAUGAUGGCAAGGAUGACAAAGGUAUGAAUUUACCAACUGACCAAGAAAUGCAGGAUGUUAUAGAUUUCUUGUCUGGUUUUAACAUGGGCAAAUCCCAGCAGACUUCUCCGAUGGUGAAAAGAAGGAACUCUGUUGCGUCCUCUACAGCAGCAGAACAGAAGUCGGGAGCGGUUCAACAGCAGCCACAGUCUGUGUCUCACACCCCGCUGCACCCUCCUCAGCAAGGCUUGUCUCAGCAGCAGUCCCAAAAGCAGCAAAUGCAGUAUUACCAACACCUGCUUCAACCUAUCGGACCACAGCAACGUGUACCUGCCAAAUGGCUCAGUAAUUCUUCACAGCAGCAAGCUCCGGCUGUUGGAGCUGGGUUGUCUCAUAUAAAUCAGUGGAACAAUCCUGGUUUUUCAGAUUUAAGCUCUGAUUUGUACAGCUUGGGUCUUGUGAGCACCUAUAUGGACAAUAUGAUGGCAGAGAUGUUAGGACAGAAACCACAAGGACCUAGAAACAACACGUGGCCAAAUCGUGACCAAACUGAUGGAGUGUUUGGGAUGUUGGGAGAAAUCCUGCCUUUUGACCCUGCAGUUGGCUCUGAUCCAGAGUUUGCUCGCUAUGUGGCUGGGGUGAACCAGGCUAUGCAACAGAAGAGGCAAGCGCAGCACGUCCGGCGCCCGAGCACCGCGCGCGGCAACUGGCCCCUUCCUGAUGAUCCCCACAAAACCUGGCCCUUCCCUGACUACUUCACAGAGGGUGAUGUGACAAACAGCUGGUCUGGUACUCAAGGAGACUCUGCCAGCUCAAGCGAUGAGACCUCCUCAGCUAACGGAGACAGUUUGUUCUCCAUGUUCUCAGGGCCAGACCUUGUUGCUGCUGUAAAGCAGAGGAGAAAACACAGCAGUGGUGAGCAGGAGCCCAGCACGCUGCCAUCGCCUCCCCUGCUCUCUGCAGCAGAUGACCGCAGUCAGGAUAACAAGACCAAAACGUGGCCCCCCAAGGCGCCGUGGCAGCACACGUGCUCUGUGCCCAGCACGCUGCCCAGUCAGAGCGCGUCGCUGUACCCCAUGAGCAGCCCCGUGGGCCAGUGGAGUGACACCAUGCAGAUGCUGCAGUCGCCCAUGUGGGCCAGCGAGUGCGGCCCCGCCGGGCUCUCCUCCGGCUUCGCCUACGCCCAGCAGCAGCAGCAGUCCCAGCAGGCCUCCCAGCACAAACAGAUCAACAAGGGCUUUAAAUCCUUCCCAGUGAAGCACGAGCGCAGACCAUCUUACCUGCACCAGUACUGACUACUGCUACUGCGACAUGCAGCACAGGGCCAAAUGGAAAUCACGUUACUUUGAUUCACAGUGCUGUGUUGGCUAUAUCCUGUUUCUCUCUCCAUGUGGGAUUGAGGGGGUUUGGGUGAGAUAGACAAACUCUCGGAUUCUGAGUUACAGUGCUGAGCAAAUAUGGCCAAUAUGUUUGGUGUACAUGAAACAGCCCAAAACUGUGAUGUAGAAAUGCUUUUAAAAAUGUGUAAUUGCCUUUACUUUCAAGACAUUUUUUUUUUUCUAAAAAGAACUGCUGAAGGACUACCAUACAAGAAACACUGUAUUUUAUAGCUAUUUUUCAUAUAGAUUUAUAGUUAAAACAUCUUACUGAAACACAUUGAAUAUGUUGAAGCAAAUAUAUAGUGGUCACUUUGCUCAACACUGUUUGUGUUUAAAUUUAUAAAGGACAAGCUGUAGAACCUUUGUAUUCUCCAUUACAGCCUGUGGGCAGCUUUUUUACAAUGAAGUGCAACAGCAGCUUUUCCUGUGCUACACAAGCGAGUUCAUUUGGGAACUGCUGCAGAAACAGUCACAAAACUGAGUUUUGUGGCAGUUUCCUUCCUGUAGGUGAAGAUCAGCAGAACCACUCAGACUUGUGUUGUCAACGUGACCUGAGCUGCUUGACAUGGAUGGCACCUCUGUGGACAGAGGGACCCUGGUUCCAGACGUGUGUGGACAAAGGGACUCUGGUUCUCACACCUGUGUGGACAUUGGGGCCCUGGUUCUCACACCUGUGUGGACAGAGGGACCCUGGUUCUCACACAGACCCUGUCCUCUGGCUGCAUUUGGCCAAAGGCAUUUUCCACAAGGUGCUCCCGCAGUGUGUGAAAGCAAAGCCUAAGAGACUACUUGCAUUUAUUUAAAGUCUUAUUUCAGAUGCUACAGUUGAUUAAAAAUUGUGAGCUGGCUCAGAAGAUAGUAAAACUGAAAUGUGGGGUAGCAGUUAGUUAAAAGAACAUUAUUUUUUUUAAAAGGAUAAAGUAAUUAUUUGCAGUCAAUAUGUGCCAUUAAGUGAACCUGUGGAAUUAGGAAUAAUCUUCCAACCAAAGUGGAUGGGGGCGAGUGACUGGUGCUUACAAAUUCAAGAACAAUGGUAAAUAUGUAUACCUAUCCCACUGUAUAUGAAUUGAGAUUACAGAAGAUUCUUUAUAUAGUUAGAGCUUAUUUAAAUUUUCAUAUUUCAUCUUUGAAAGAGUCUAAAAACCACAAUAUUUUCUGGUAUAAGAGUUUUGACAGUAUUAAUCUUAUUUUUGUAUUUUUCUUAAGUCAUAUCAUUCUAAUAUGUUAACUACUAGUAAAAUGGGUUAUUAGUUCUAACUACAUAAUUUUUCAAUGAAGAUAAAGCACAUUUUUUGGUUUUGGUUUUACAAACUAAGUACAUCUAUAUCUGAAGAUACCAAAAAAUAAAUACAUUAUAUAUAUAUAUAUAUAUAAAUAAAAAGUAUACACAACACUAAAACUAUUAAACAUUUGGGUAUUUAAAACCCAUCCACCUUUUUUGUUUGUAUGGUGACGGGCUCUAUUUGCAGGCCCAGAUUGUUACCUUUUGUGCUGUUUGAGGAUGCCAAUGUUGCCUGUAUUUAUGAUAUUGUCACCAUGUUUUCUGAAACUUCAUACUUACCAUGUUUACAAAGAUUUGUUUGCUGUACAUAGACUUUUUACAGUAAUGUGCUUUGCACAAUCAGUGUGGCUUCUGUCUGUAAAUUGUUAAUGGUCUGUACUACUAUGAUUUUGAAAACCUUCCACUGAAAAUGUUAGUGGUUAUUUAACUUCAUGAAUGGUUUCGAGUUUCCUAAAUCUUGUUGUUUAGAUCUAAUAUUAAAUCCCAAAUUUGGUUGUACUUACUUGGUUAUUCAUACUGACCAAAAUGGAAGUUAAUGAAAACAACUUAAUUUUGAACUUUUUUUCUAACAAGUGCCAAAAUGAUUGCUAUAGUUUUUGCAGUUUAUUCAUAAUUACAAAUGCUGGCAAGUUUCUGGACCUACAUAAGUGAAUUGUGAACACAAAGAAAGGUUGUCUGCAUUUUGACCACGUGGGUGCUACUCUGUCCUUUGCUUCCGAUUGUUCUGAACACUGGUAAUUUUAAGAAUUGUUGCACUUGGCAAAUGAGUCUUGCCCUUAAACUUCACUUACACUGCCAAGUGCAAGGGUUUGGUGCUUAGUUAACUUACCCUUAUUGCAGUGCUUCUUGUGAAUAGCUAACGCUUCUGAACUGGAACUGUACAGUUUGUAUUUUAAAGCUUCUGUAAAAGUAAACUAUUUGCUUUAUUAAAGAUAUACAUUUAAUAGGUCAUACCUGUUUAAAAUAUGCACCUUGCUGAAAAUGAGCAGCACCUUAAACUGUAACUUCGGUUUGUAAACAAAGAUCUUAUUACAUUAACAUGGGAUUAUUUAACAGUUUGAAAAUUGUCAACUGCCUACUUACUGACUCUAUCAUAUAAAAAUGAACUUUAUGCACAGUCCAAUCUUUAAAGGUGCUUUCUCAGGUGAUGUCACACAAGAAUGUGGUACAGACAAUGCCUCAGCAGGGUCUUUGAACCGGUAGUGCAGGUAAACAUUGCCAAAAUCACAAUAUUUGAAUUUUUAGAGUCAGUAACUCUGAUGGUAGUAAGCCAAAAGUAAACUCUGUCCCCUCUGCUGUGACCAAGGCUGUUCAGUCAGUGUGUGUUAACUGUGGCACUGGAAUGCCUAUGCAGGGUGUGCAAAGCUGCUUUCCCUUACUGGAGAGGAGCACACGUGCAGCUGGCCAGCAGUGCUGACAGUACCCAGGAAGCACAUGAACCCAUUCUGACUGUGCAAGAAUUGACUUGUUUACAGAGCAUAUCAAGCACAGAGAAAAAGCCUUAAUAAACUUGGGCAAAAGCUUCUAAAAUAAUACCUUGGUUUCUCCCUUACACCUAAUGCUGAGUGGUGUGGCAAUCCCACCAGUCUUAGGAAAGUUAACAUUUUUGUUUGACUAAAUCAUGGAGCAGCUC